CCACCUAUAUAAAGCUUCCAAUUAUGCUACCCACGUCUCAUCUCCUAUGAUUACAUACAACCAUACACUUCUUUAUCCCCCCAUCCAUUACAUACACAUCAUGUCUCCUUCAUUCCUCAUGGCUGAUAUCCCAUCUUCACCUACACCUUCUUCCAAAGUUCAGUUGGUUCCUAAAGCUGUAUCCGAAAGGCUUCUCGUCAAAUUCGCUGACAUGUCUGAAUUCGGAUUCGAUUACUCCCAAAGCGGCCUCUGGUCCCCACCCGUUCCACGCACUGUGUUUCUCAGCUCCCCGGGGAACAAGAUUUUGACACAAGAUGAAAUUCUACACAAGUUAGAAUCUGUAGUGGAUCGAAGAAGAAGAUACUCAUACGACUGUUUCAAUGCACUUUUGUGCUCACCAAAACGUUGAAGUAUGGGAUGGAUGGGCUUGCAUUAUUAUUCCCCUUCAUUAUUAUUAUUAUUGAUAUAAUUACAUAGUUGUUUUGUGGUACAUUAUUUUAUUUUAUUUUUUAUUUUUGUUAAUAUAGUUUAAGGAAAGUAGAUAUGGUUGUAUGAUACCACUGUGAAUGUUGCAUUAAUUAAUUGAUUAGUUCAAAUA